CUCCCUUCCUCUUCUCUUGUUUAUCAUUUGCUUCCUUCCACUCCAAUAUCUUCUGGUGAACAGACCUUGCAUCUCCGUUAACUUCAGCUUUUCCCUUUCUCCUGUCACUGAACCUACAGAAUAUCCGGUCAUAGCCCUCUAGAAUCCAGCCUGAUAAAAUUCAGCAUGAAGGCCACCGCGCUUCUUUCCAUCGCGCUCUGUGCCGCGUUUGGUGCAGCCCAGAACCUGGAUGACAUUUCUGAAUGCGGACGCAUGUGCAUCAACAAUAUGUUGAACAAAGCUUCCGAACUCGGCUGCGACAGCACUGACAAGGCGUGUCUCUGCAGCAAGCAGAACUUUGCCUUUGGUCUUCGUGACUGUACCCUGCAGGCUUGCGGGGGCGAGGACCUUCCAAAAAUCAUUGCUGUUGGCCAAGCGAUUUGUGCCUCCGAAGGCGGCUCCAUGUCUGCGUCCGGUACUGCGUCAGAUACUGCAACUGGCACUCCUACUAGCACUCCUACUGGCACUCCUACUGGCACUGAUGGCCCCGAUUCCACUCCAUCAGAGACUGCCUCUAGUACUCCUACUGGCACCCAUGGCACUGAUUCUACUCAAACCAGCGGCUCUCCAUCUGCUACCCAGACUACUGGCAUUGUCCCUGGUGGGGAGUCAUCCGCCUACACUACCUCUGCCAUCGUCUCCACCGUGACUUCCGGCACUGAGGUUAUUGAAACCACCGUCGGCUCUACCACUCUCUACACACAAGUCAGCGACUCCAACGGCACGGCCAGUCCCACGUCCGGCCUCACCGGCACACCCACUUCUGGCUCGGUCGCUGAAACGACCACCGAGAGCCCUACUGAGACUGAAAUUCCCCCAGGCCAAACCACGCCAGCUGAAGGAGCUGCGGGUCGCGUCAUGACAACUGCUGCACCUGGCGUCGCUGGAGCUCUUGGUCUCAUCGCUCUUCUCGCCAUGUAAUCGGACCCAAAGCGAAGAGAGAAAAAAUGACAACAAUAAUACAAAAAAAUAAAAAAAAUAAAAAAUAAAAAGAAUAGGUACACUUACCACCUAAUGCCACUUGUUGUCUUGUAUGGGAAGUUGGCGAGACGAGCGUAGCAUGCUUUGUUUUCUUUUCACCCUCACUGGCGAAAUUUGGCUGGUGUUAUUCUUUAUUCUUUCUUAUUAAUUCUUUUUUAAUCACGAAUGGCUUAUGAGAUACCAGAACCGUGUUUUAUCCUUUAAACGCCGUGCAACAUAUUUUGAAAUGGGACUUCAUAUUAUACCAUGGGUUUGGAUGGGCCUGAACUUUGUAAUAAUGAGGUGGUUCCUCCCACAGUCCAGUAUAAAUGCAAAUAACAACUUACUAUUAACUAUUAU